GGAUCUCCUGUAGCGGUGCUUUACGUGUAAUUUACGCGUGUUUUCCACGUAAACUGCACCCUAGGUCGCGCGUUGCGGGUACUGCGCGCGCAAGUGUUUUUAGCUAAAUUCAAGUGUUCAAGUUUGGGCGAGAGUGUUUGGGAUGUUUUGGUAAGUGUCUGGAGGCAUCUCGGAGCCUGAGGCCCCGGCCCGGGGCCGGGGGAGGAGCAAACAUUUGCUAAGUGUUUCUCGUCCACCCUGACUCGGAAUGCCAGUGGGCCUAUUCAAGUUCACUGGCAUUCAAGUCACUCAGGCUCAGGCUCCGAGUCAGUGCCAGUGACGGUUGCCAUCUUGAAGUCACGCCGGUUCAACUUGAAGUUGCCCGGGCCGCGGCCAGCCUGAGGCUUGCCAGGACGCCUACGGUCAACCCGCAUCGAGUGGCGUAUAAUAUAGCUGUUGUGGCUUAGGUUUGAAGUGUGCCUGUGAUCAUGUAUACGUAUGCCAGCGGCGGCUGACGUAGGCAUAUUAUUAUCGGUAGGUACCGUAGGUACGGUAUCAGAACUUGUAAAAUCGUUUUGAAGCAAUUAUUUCCGUGAUUACCGAUGAGACUAUUUCAGGCUAUCGAUAUGGUAGAGAUUAAGUCUUCGUUGGGUCUCCAACAAGUCAUUUUCUACCAGGGAAUGUGUGCCUUUGUUUUUAAAAAAAAGCCUGCUGAUAGAUCAAAGUAGGUUCUCGUUGCUUUACUUUGCUAUAUGUGGUGGCUGUCUCCUGAACAAGUUACAGAACUACAAGUUCCAAAAUAGCAUCUUAUUCAUUUUGACAUUGCCCAUAUUUUCACUGUGGUGUUGUAUUGAAAUUGUUAGAAUAGGACUUGGAUAUAUUGGAAAUCUCUUGGAAAAAGUCCCGAUGAUAUCUGCAUUCUUGCUUCUCACUAUAUUCCCACAGCUUGUUGCGAUAUUAUUUCUCACAUUUCUCCAAGAUCCGGUAUAAAAUACAUUGAUUUAAAUUUUCUAGACCCAAAAAUUGCGAAUUAGGUGUUCCCCUUUGAUACUGCGGCAGGUUCAAUGAUGAUACUAUUCCUACUUUCUGAGCUGUAUGUUGGAAGGCUUACCUUUAAAACUCUUAUCGAACGUCAGACAGCACAAUUCUUUCGACUGUGUCAAGAGGAAGAAAUGGAACGCAUACUCAACACCACCUUUGUCAACCGUCCAUCAGCUGGCCGAGGUCGAUAGGUACUUUUGCUUAUCUUAAGGCAAUAGGCCUAGUAUACCAAGUCAGCGAGUCGGGAAUCACCCGUUUCAUUGACAUGGUCUCAGAUCGCAGACGUGCCACGCGAGGCCGGGGAACGUUAGAGGGUCUGGUACGGCGCGCUGAUCCGAUGACAAGGCUGAGGCGCGACUGAGGCGUCGCCACUGCCCGUCCCCUGAGAAAAAGGUGUGCAAGGGACCCACGAUAUGGGCUCCCGCAAAUUAACACUGUUGAUAAGUACCAAGGCUUCAAAAUGAUUACGUCCUGCUGUUAUUCGUCCGUACUAAGCAUUUUGGUCACCUUCUUGAUGUACGUCGCAUUGUGGUGGCAAUGUCCCGCGCGAGACUAGGCGUGUACGUCUUGGGCCGCCUGUUCACCUUAAAAUCUUGCAUGCAGCGAAGUUUUUGUAGCCAGUCUGGCCACAACGUCCACGAUCCACCAGGAAAUUUGGUCUUUUCAUCGAUGGACCUAUAGAGAUGGGCAUCCUUGUCAGUCAACUCGCUAGUCGCCAUUCAAUUUUGUAGUGGCUUCCGGGGUUUACUCCCCCCGCCACCAUAGUCAAUUCCAGUCGGGGUUUGGGAGGGGUCACUGACGGCAGUCCUGGCCACUGGCAGACUCCAGGCCGGGGGGGCAUCUAGCAGUCCUUCGAGUUCAAGUUGCCGUUUCCGGGUAGUACCUACGGUAACUAGACUGCAGGAGUGCAAGAAAUAUGAAGAAAU